GCUUUUACUCACACGGAAGAACACUUGGCAAGAUGGCGUCCUCCGCACUCAAUGAUGAGAUUCAAUAUGUUGCAUACUACAAUAUACGACAUAUUCUUCUACAUGGUUAUGUUGGGCCUUUCAUAACGAUAUAUAUUGCUUGGUUCUACAACUGGACACUUGUUUAUGGCCUUGAAGAAUAUUUUGAAGCCGGUUUGAUUGUUUUAGCCGGAAUCGGCUUAAUACAGAUUUUGACGUCUUUAUUUUGUCUAUGGUCCGUAGACUUCAGAUGUGUAUUUACGAGUUCUAAAACUGCAAGUCCAGAUGAUGCAUCCUGGGUGAAAGUUGUACCUACUCCCAACAGUGGUGCAACAGAGCUUGUUAAACUUCAUAAAAUAAUGGAAGAUGAUCAGGAAACUAUUUGGUUUAAUUUUCAAAAAACCAAAUAUCUGUAUGAAAGAGACAAGAAACAGUUUGUGCCGCUUGAUUUUCCUGUAUCAGAAACUAUACAAACAUACAUGGAGAGUAAAGGCUUGCAGGAGGAACAUGAUAUUAAACAUGCUGAGAAUACAUUUGGUAAAAACCUGAUGAUGAUGGAUAUACCGAGGUUUAUGGAGUUGUUUCAGGAGAGAGCCACUGCUCCAUUCUUUGUAUUUCAAGUGUUUUGUGUGGGUCUCUGGUGUUUAGAUGAAUACUGGUAUUAUAGUGUGUUCACCUUGUUUAUGCUGGUGGCAUUCGAGGCAACUCUUGUACAACAACAGCUGAGAAACAUGGCAGAGAUCAGGAAAAUGGGCAUCAAACCAUAUCUUAUAAAUGUAUAUAGAAACAGGAAAUGGAGGCCUUUAUUAACUACAGAACUUGUACCUGGAGAUAUUGUUUCUAUAGGGCGUUCCCACGAGGACAGAUUGAUACCAUGUGAUAUGUUGUUAUUGAGGGGACCUUGUAUAGUUGAUGAAUCUAUGUUAACUGGAGAAUCUGUGCCUGUCAUGAAGGAACCAGUAGAAAUCUUGGAACCAGAUCAUGUUUUAAAUCUUGAAGUAGAUGGUAAACUUCAUGCAUUGUUUGGAGGGACCAAAGUUGUACAGCAUACACCUCCCAGUAAAACACCAACAGGCCUUAAAGCUACAGACAAUGGGUGUAUAGCAUAUGUUUUACGUCAUAGUUUCAACACAAACCAGGGGAAACUACUGAGAACUAUUCUAUACGGAGUUAAAAGAGUAACAGCUAACAAUCUGGAGACAUUUUUCUUCAUAUUAUUCCUGCUCAUCUUCGCUAUUAUAGCUGCAUCAUAUGUCUGGAUUAAAGGAACGGAAGAUCCUGAUAGGAACAGAUACAAGUUAUUUUUAGAAUGUACACUUAUACUGACAUCAGUUGUCCCCCCUGAAUUACCUAUAGAGCUCUCACUGGCUGUCAAUACAAGUCUGCUAGCUCUAACAAAACUAUAUGUGUACUGUACAGAACCAUUUAGAAUUCCUUUUGCUGGGAAGAUAGAUAUAUGUUGUUUUGACAAGACUGGCACUCUAACAGCUGAUAAUCUGGUUGUCGAAGGUGUCACAGGUCUCAAGGGAAAUGAGAUACAGGCAGCUGUAGAUGCUCCUUUAGAGACUGUACAUGUUCUGGCCACAUGCCAUGCUCUAGUACAGCUAGAAGAUGAACUUGUUGGUGACCCACUUGAGAAAGCCACUCUCAAGGCUGUUGAUUUUACUCUGACUAAAGGAGAGACGGUAAUACCUCAGCGUAGGAAGACCCACGGUUUGAAGAUAUUUCAUCGUUACCAUUUCUCUAGUGCCCUUAAACGUAUGUCAGUGAUCGCAGGUCAUACACCUGUUGGUUCUACGGAAACAGAGUACAUGUGUGCAGUGAAAGGUGCCCCAGAAACACUCAAAUCUAUGUUCAGUAAUCCACCGAGUUACUAUGACGAUGUAUAUCUAGAGAUGGCAAGACGUGGAGCUCGUAUUCUUGCACUUGGCUAUAAAAAAAUAGGACAUCUAUCACAUCAAGAGUUGAAAGCGAUGACUAGGGAUGAAGUAGAGUGUAAAUUGGAGUUUUGUGGAUUUGUCGUCAUUUCUUGUCCGCUAAAAUCAGACUCUAAAGCAGUUAUCAAGGAAAUCCAGAAUGCCUCACAUCAUGUUGCAAUGAUAACUGGAGAUAAUCCACUUACAGCGUGUCAUGUUGCUAAGGAACUGAGAUUUACACGCAAAGAACAUACUGUUGUUUUACAGCCACCACAUAAUACACAGACAGAAUGGUGCUGGAAGUCUAUAGAUGACAGUGUGACUUUACCACUACAACCUAGUGGUGAUCUACGUAAACAGCUGAUUGAGAAAUAUGAUCUGUGUCUGACAGGGGAGGCACUUACUUUCCUGCAAAAUCAUUCUGAAAAACUGUGGAAAACUAUACUGCCAAACGUGAAAGUUUUUGCUAGAGUUGCCCCAAAACAAAAGGAAGUUGUUAUUACAACACUGAAGAGUCUUGGUUUUAUAACAUUGAUGUGUGGGGAUGGUACAAACGAUGUUGGUGCAUUGAAACAUGCUCAUGUUGGGGUGGCCUUAUUGACAAAUGCACCAGAGAGGAUGCCAGAGAAAAAACAAAAGAGAGAAGAGGAGAAUGAGGCACAUUCAAGUAACAUGGCUGAGAAGUUGUCAAGCAGAAGUGGGGGUAAGGCAAUGGGUCGGGCAGCAAAACAGAGAGCUAUAGCAAGAGGUGACAACAUGGCACCAUCUCAGAAAAAGUUACAGAACAUGUUGAAAGAAUUAGAUGAAGAAGAGAAAGCUGCGGUUGUUCGACUUGGAGAUGCUAGUAUAGCUUCACCAUUUACAUCUAAACUAUCUACCAUAAUGUGUAUAUGUCAUAUAAUAAAGCAAGGGCGAUGUACUCUGGUCACCACAUUACAGAUGUUCAAGAUUCUAGCAUUGAAUGCUCUUAUCCUAGCAUACAGUCAAAGUGUUCUAUUUUUAGCUGGGGUUAAAUUUAGCGACACUCAAGCUACCAUGCAGGGCCUCCUCCUAGCAGGAUGCUUCCUGUUUAUUUCAAGGUCAAAGCCAUUGAAGUACCUGUCAAAACAGCGCCCUCUACCAAAUAUAUUUAACAUGUACACUAUAUUGACAGUGUUAUUACAAUUUGCCAUACAUUUUGUGUCACUAUUUUAUCUAGUCCAAGAAGCUCAAAUACUUGAACCAAGGGAGGAGAAAGUUGAUUUAGAAGCAAAGUUUGCACCAAAUUUACUCAACACAACUGUAUAUUUCAUAUCAAUGUCACUACAGCUAUCUACAUUUGCUGUCAAUUAUAAGGGUGAACCAUUUAUGGAGAGUUUACGAAACAACAAACCAAUGUUAUAUAGUUUAUCUAUUUCUGGAAGUGCUAUUAUAGGUCUAGCUAGUGGGCUACUUCCAGAGGCAACCGAAUAUUUCGAGCUGGUUCAUUUACCUGAUGAUUUCAGGAGUACAGUGUUGGGUGUUGUUGUAGCAGAUAUGGUGGGAGCAUUUGUUGUAGACAGAUUUUUACAGCUUAUAUUUGGCAAUGGUAAAGUUAAGAAGAGGUGAUGUGCGGACAGCUUAGGAAAUAUUUAUUAACUGAAACAAGCUAACAUUGUUAUAUUAGUACAGGCACAGUCACAAUAGAAAUACAGUACAUAGCAAGGGCAACGCUCUGUAGGAGAUUUAGUUUUUGGUCGUUACUAAAUAGAGAGGUUAAAUUUUACAGAGGUUAAAUUUAUUGUAAAAUCUUACUUUGGAUAUAAUUGAUACAGUUGCUGUAAAGAGGUAAUUGAUGUACAGAAGGUGGUCCCUCUGCAGAGGUUGCACUGUAUAUGUUCUGCCACGGUACAUAUUGACUGUACUGUGUACCAAGUAGUCAAACAAUACAUGAAAAUACUCUAAUUUAAUCUUUAUCAAAAAAAAUAUUCUUAGUGAUUUAGCUAGAUCAUUUAUUUGUGAUAAAAUAUUUUAAGUUGAAAUAGAGGCCACUUAUUAUUUAAUUAUAAAGCACAAUUUUUUUAGACGCAACACCAAAAAAUAUUUUUGGUUCAACAGUAUUUGACUGUAUUGCAAGUGAUUUUAUUUUUUACUUUCGCCAUGGCGUUAACUUUUAUUUGCAGUAUUUGAAACAUUAUAUGUUACACAGUCUUAUUAUGGUUUAAUACAUGUAUGUAUUUGACAAGAGAAAAAAUGAGAAAAAAAGAGCAUGUUUUAUUUUAACCUUUACCCUACCAAAACCAAAAAUAAUUAGCUUUUGCCACCAUUGUAGAGCAAGUUCAGCCUGUACAUCUUUACCAGGCUGUUGGUUGCUCAAUUAAUGUAUUUCAUAUUGAAAUCCCUUAAACUUGGAAUGGACUGUUCCAAAUUCAAAGCAGGGCAAAUCCAUUAUUGGAAUUCAGCAGGAUAGGGGUUAAAAUAUAUAUGUAUAUGCAUGUAUUUGACAUGAGAGAAAUUCUGGACAAAUGAGUAGGGAUUACUAUAUAAUUAUAAAUGAUAUAUUGAGAAAUAUUGAUGAAAUAAAUAGAGUAUUUUUAUUUUCCGUAUUUUCACUGUAAAAAUUUAUUUUUUAUUGCAGUGAAACAUUUUCUGUAUUUUCACUGGGUGUUUUGUUGGACUACUUUCUUCUGAAUUCAGCCAAUACUCAAAAUUAAAAGGGAAUUGUUCCUAUUCAUAAGG